AUGACGACAGCUGCUGAUAGAUCAUCAUCUUCUCGCUAUUUCUCCAAUCGACCACCGAUUUCAUUUUCCUCAUAUAAUUUUAAUGGUACUACUCCUGGACUUAUGCAUCGUUCUUUAGACGAAAAUCGAUUAACUACUAAACGAACAAGUGAAUGUCAUCAACAUUCAACACCUCUAACAUCGGGCAAUAUUGCCUUAAAUACACAAAAUCCUCCUUCGACUUUAUCUCCACUUUAUAUAAAUCGUCGUAGACCAACAAGUGCAUCAAAUAUGACAUCAUAUUCAGCACUUAAACGUAAAACACAACGAACUGAUAUAUCAUCAAAUAUAUCUCGAUCUCAAGUUAAUCUUCAACAUGUUCUUGGAUUUACUUCUAUAUCAAAUUCAGCUGUUAGUCAAGAUCGUUCAACAAUAGCUUAUGCUUCUGGUUCAACUGUUGUUUUAUAUGAUAUUCAUACACAAAAACAAGAUUUUGUUAUUAGUACUGCUCGUAAAGCUAUUACAUCAUUAUCACUUUCACCGGAUGGUCGAUAUUUAGCAACAGGCGAAUGUGGUCAUGAUCCUAAAGUACGUGUUUGGGAUUUAACUGGUGAUAGAACAACUUGUAUUGAAUUAGGUGAUCAUAAAUUUGCUAUUGAUUGUGUGUGUUUUUCACCAAAUGUUGAUCGUCUUGUUUCAAUUGGAUCUGUACAUGAUGGAAAUAUAUAUGUAUGGAAUUGGAAAGAUAAGAAAAAACUUGCAUCAAAUAAAUGUACAUGUUCUAUUCGUCGUAUUGCAUUUUCGGAAGAUGGAAGUUAUUUUGUAACAGUUGGAAAUCGUCAUGUUAAAUUUUGGUAUUUAAUUUCAGCAUCAUCUUUGGAAGUUGUUCCAUUACGUGGUCGUUAUGCGAUUUUAGCGGAACGUAAAGAUAAUUUAUUUACUGAUGUUGUCUGUGGACGUGGUGAUUGUGCUGGUAUGACUUACGUUAUAACGGCAAAUGGUUUAAUUUGUCAAUUUGAUGAACAUAGACAAAUGCGUGGUGAACGUGAUCUUCAGGAAAAAACAAAUUGUUUAGCAAUUGGUGAUUUAUAUCUUGUUAUUGGAUGUAUUAAAGGUGCUGUUUAUGUAUUUUCACCUCAAACUCUUGACUAUAUUAUGUCAAUACCUUUACCACAUUAUUUGGGUGUUGAUAUUGCAUUUAUCACAUCGAUUGAUCAAAUACCUUAUUCUCAACAACAAAGUAUGUCUUUUCCUGAUACAAUUGCUGUUUGUUUAGAUGAAGAUAAAUCUAUUUUAACAUGUUUUUAUAAUGAUCAUAGUUUUUAUAUAUGGGAUAUUAAAAAUAAAGGAUCAGUUAAAAAACGUGAUUCCUAUAUGUAUCAUUCAGGUUGUGGUUGGGGAAUUGAAACUUAUUCACGAACAAAUACAACAUCAUCAAUUCUUCGAAAUUUAUCAUGUAUAACAUGUUCAUCAGAUAAUUCUAUACGUUUUUGGUCAUUAAAUCAUAAUGAAACUGAUACAUAUUUUAUUCCAUCAUCACCAUCAUCGAAUAUAUUCAGUAGACAAUUAAUGAAAAUAAUUUAUUUAGAUGAUGAUCAUUCGAAAUUAUGUGAUAUUCAAACAACCCAAGAACGACCUGAAUUUGUUCCAAAAAUUGGUGGUCGUUGUAUGAAAUUAAAUCCGGAUGGUUUAUCACUUGCAGUUGGUGAUCGAAAUGGAAAUAUUCGUAUUAUUCAGAUGGAAAAAUUUCAACAAAUUGCACUUCUUGAAGCACAUGAUAGUGAAGUACUCAGUGUUGAUUACAGUCAUUCAUUUGGUACAACAUUUUUAGCAUCAAGUAGUCGUGAUCGUUUUAUUCAUGUAUUUGAUGUAACAAAAGAUUAUCAACUUAUUGCAACAUUAGAUGAUCAUUCAGCAGCUAUAACAGCUGUUCGUUUUACAAAUUCAUCAAUAACAUCAAAUCUACAAUUAGUUUCAUGUAGUGCUGAUAAAUCAUUAAUAUUUCGUUCAGUAUUAAAAAAUGAAAAUGGAAAAUAUCAAUUUAUACGUUCAAAUAAUAUUGUUGAAAAACAAACAUUUUAUGAUCUAGCUAUUGAUCAUACACGAGAAACUGUUAAUACUGCUUGUCAAGAUCGAAUGAUAAGAGUUUAUAAUUUACAAGAUGGUAAACGAGUACGAACACGUAAAGGAACAAUAGGUGAUGAUACAGGUUAUUUAAUUAAAAUUGAUGUCGAUGCAUCAGGAAGAUAUAUAGCUACAUCAUGUUCAAAUAAAUGUGUUUAUAUUUGGGAUACAAUAACAUCAGAAUGUGUUGCAGCACUUUAUGGACAUAGUGAAGUUGUGACUGAUUUAAAAUUUAGUCAAGAUGGAUUUUAUUUAUAUACAAUCUCAGGUGAUAGUUGUAUUUUUGUUUGGAAUAUUGUUGAAUUAGCAACUGUACCAACAACAUGUCGACUGCAACAAACAUCUUCAACAAAAUCAACUGAUGUAGAAACAACUGAUGCUGAUGAAUCACUUUCACAGUCACUUAGUACUGCUGAAGAACAUCAAUUAAAACUAAAGCGUCAACGAAGUCUAUGGUCAACAGCUGAUCCAUGUAUACCUUCAAUGGAAUCAAAAUUAUUUCGAACACAAUUAUCUGAUAUUGUUAAAGACGAGACAUCUAGUAAAAUAUUUCGUUCAAUAAGUUUACAAGACGAUGAAUCAGUGUUUCUUGAUGAAGAUGUUGAACCAGUAUUCUCUCCAAUACCGACGAAAACUCCUAACGAUACACCCAACAAAAUGACAUCGUUUUUUGUUGAAAAUUAUGAUCAUGAAAAUACAACAAAUAAUACAAUUGUUAAUAAUGGAAUUAAUUUAUCAAAUGAAAUAAAACGACGAAAAAGUCUAUCAUCUCGUUUUUGUUCUAUUUCAAAAGAUACAACAAUACCUGAUAUAUCAUCAAUAUCAAUGAAUACAUCUCAAGAAAAUAUUCCAUCGUCACGAAUAAUUCAACGUCAUAAUAAAUAUAUUCGAUCACAAACUAUAAUUACAACAACAGAACCAAAGACUGCACCUAAUAAAACAUAUAUGACACGAAAAGCUCGUAUCAAUAGAACACGAUCCGAAGAUCGUGUUCGUGGAUCAUCUUUAUCGAUUCUUAAUAGUACAGGAGAUACAACAUCAUCGUCAUCAUCAUCUUCUCAUUCUCAAUUACCAUCAUAUGCUGCGCAUACAUCAAGUUCAAUAAAUAAACUUCGUGAUAAUUUAUUAGCAUCUACAUCAUCCGUACCAGUACCACUUCUUUCAUCAUCAACAAAUAGUUCAUUAACUAUAUCUUCUUCUCAAACACGUUGUGUUCCAUUUGAGACACGUUCAUCGUCAACUAAAAGUAUGACAAAAUCUCGUUCAACACAUAAUUUAAAUCUUCCAACAACAACAACAAAUAAUCCACCAACUUGUAAUACUCAACAAUCAAAAGUUUUACCAGCACGUCGUGGUAAAACUCCUGUUUCUCGACGUCCACCUAAUCUUCCAACAGCAACAAAUAUUCAUGCAUCAUCAUCAUCAUCUUCAUCAACAUCAUCAAAUACUUCAUCACCAACAAAAACUAAACAACAUCUUUCACCUUCUUUACAAGAAUCUAUUAUACCAUUACAUGAAUUAGAUAAUUCAUCAAAUGAUCUUAUGCCGAAAUGGGCACAGGAUUGUUUUUAUCGAACAGUUGUACUUGGUUUAAAACCUUUACUUUUACAAGAUAUUCCAUCAACACCUGCAAAACAUUCAACAAGUACGUCUUCAAUGGAAAGUUCAGAUUCAUUAGAAAUAACAAAUCAAUUAAUAAAUAAUCAAACAGAUAUGAAAUUACAACGAAGUUUAUCAAUACCAGAUUAUACACAAAUAGAAUUAACACAAUCGAAACAAAGUGAUUUUAUUUCAAAUGAUCAUCGUAUGCCAGUUAUAAAUCAUCUUCUUGAUGAUUUACAUAAACGUCUCAAUGAUUUAGAACAUCUUUAUACAACAGUUUCAAAAAGUUCAGAUAAACGUGAUUUAAUAUUAAAACAAUCUAUUGAACAAGUAUUUACUGAUCUUCAUACACGUAUUACAAAUGAUCAACAACAACAAAAUUUACCUACAACGAUUGUUAAUAAUUAA